CCGCGCUCCCCUCACGGGGAGGAUUCAAGAUGGCGGCGGGCGAGGCGGUCUCGCUGCUGGAGACGCUUCGGGCUCAGGUGGCGGAGGUGGCGGCGCACGGGCGGGAGAUGCUGCGGCUCGUGAGGGGGGGGCGGCUGCGGAGCCGGCAGGGGGUCUCUCUGCUCCACCUGCGCUGCCAGGCCCUGCUGUGGUACCUGCAGGACCUCGCCCUCCUCGUGGCCACCAAAACCCGGGGGGGGUCCCUGGGGGGCUCGGGGGGGGCCCUGCCCAGGCUGAUCGAGACCAGAGUGGUGCUGGAGAAGCUCCGCCCCCUCGAGCUGGGCCUCAAGUACCAACUGGAGAAGCUGCUGCGGGCGGCGGCCCAGGGGGGGCGGGGCCCUGACGACCCCCUGAGCUUCCGCCCCGCCCCUUCCAACAUGGCCGCCCAGGAGGAGGAGGAAGAGGAAGGGGAGGAGCCUGAGGGAGGGGGCGGAGCCAAAGCCCCCGGGCUGGGCGGGGGGCGGGGCCGGUACCGCCCCCCCAAACUGGUGCCCGUCAGCUACGCCCCCGAGGGUCUCGACUCUGCCUCCCUGGAGCUCUCCCGGCGGCGCCGCCGAGCCCUGAGCGGCUCCGUCCUCAGAGAGCUCCGCCUGGAGCUCAGCGAGGAACCCCCCGAGCUGGGACCCGCCCUGGGGGCACCCCCAGACCCCCAACAGCAGCACAGGCUGCGCUUGGAGGAGUCGACGCUGCGGAGGCUCCGCCCCCCGAAGGGGGCGGGGCUUGGCCGUGGGCGUGGCCGGGCGGGGCCCGGGGGGGACCUGGAGACCCUCACCCAUUUCGGGGCCUUCCCCGCCCUCCUGGCGGCCAAUCAGGAGGGGGAGGAGCCUCCGAGGAAGAAGAAGAGGAAGGCGAAGAUUCCCAAAAAAAAGGGGAGGAAGGUUCCCCCCAGGUUCGAUUUCCUGUGCCUGCCGCUGUUCCACCCCCGGCACCGUCGGGAAUUUGGGGCGUCCCCAGCGCGGGAGCGGCCGGGACCCCAAACCCGCUCUGACCUCGUGCUGGCCGGGAGAGAUUGGAACACGCUGAUCGUGGGUAAAUUGUCCCCCUGGAUCCACGAAUUUAUCCCCCUUUUUUUUGAUUGGAACACGCUGAUCGUGGGUAAAUUGUCCCCCUGGAUCCGGCCUGGGACUCGCCCCUGCAAGUACGUCAGGAUCAACUCACAGAAAGGUGACUUGAAGGGCGGGAUUGGGGACUCCUGA